AUGUUGUCUCUUUCCGCCUGUCCGGAUGCGAUCCUGAUCAACGUUUGGCAUCACCUCCUCGGCGACCUCCACACAUUCAUCGCAUUUGCGCAAACCUGCCGCCGGCUCCGUCACCUCUCCGAGCAGGACGAUAAUAUCUGGCGGUCGGCGUGCUUCGUCUCAGGUUUUGGUCGGCCUUUACGACGAGGAAAUGCACCAGCACGCGACAUGCCCUACAGGCGACUCGCCCGCUCCAUCGUGAGCCAUGGCGCCGUCUGCGAAAUCCGGAGCUGCAUCAAGGCUAACGCAUGUUUCGCGGACCACCACUCGCGCUGGGCGUACACGCGCACCAGGCCACUGCACCCCGACCAUCCGCUCGACUUCCACCCGCUCUACUUUUAUCUGCACUUCUCGCAGUCGUACGGAGCGACGAGCCAGUCUAGGAUGCAGGGCCAGCCGCAUACGCCAACGCCGUCUCCCUCGCCGUCACCGACACCGCCGGCGAUCCACGACUCCAUCUCUAUCCUGCUCACGCAGCUCCCGACUUUUCCGGAAAGUCGCUAUGCGCAGUAUGGCCCGCUCUGCGCCCACCCGAACGCUUCGUGCGCCUUCGCGACCUUCCCCCCAGUGGAUCGGCUCGAAUUCGAAAACGGCCAGGGCGACGUCUUCAUGGUCGUCGAGAACCCGGAAGGAUGUACCGUCCUGGACGUCAACCGCGCGCUCGCGGAGCUGAUACCCUUCGACGAUCAGCAUCUAGAGUUUGCGCUUGCGCACUACCAGGAGCUUGCGUUCACAUCAGGGCUCUCGCUGCCACAGUUCGCAGACGCCGUCUUCCGGGAUAGAGGAUUCUUGGAUGAUCACGAGUAUCCCUUCUUGCAGCAUAUCGUGGCGCACUUUUGA